AUGGGCACUCAGUCGUUCGUUGCAACCGUCGCAGGUUUCACUGCUCUAGCAGUGAUCGGCUCAAUCGUAGCUGUUGUCUACAUCGUGAAUGACAUCAACAAUUUCUACGAUGACGCCAUCGAGGACCUCAGAGAGUUCAAGGACACAGCGAAUUCGGCCUGGCAUGCAAUGAUGCCUACUCCCGCUCAGAUGGUUCGUGACAGGCGACACGCUCUGAAACACCGCAGAGGAGCAGGAGGUUCGAGCUGCAACUGUGGAGCUCAGCCAAACAACUGCCCUGCCGGACCACCGGGUCCGCUAGGUCAGCCAGGAGCACCGGGAGAAGAUGGAACGCCUGGAGCACCAGGACCAUCAGGUGGAGCUGGCCCAUAUCCUGGUCGCGACCAAGGUACUGCUUGUCCCAAGUGUCCAGCAGGACCUCCAGGUCAACCGGGUGCUGACGGACCUCCCGGACCUGCUGGUCCUGAUGGAAAUCCAGGAGCACCAGGAGGCGGAUCGACAUCUGGUCCACCCGGUCCACCAGGACCUCCUGGAGAUGCUGGAAACCCUGGAGCUCCAGGACAACCCGGAUCUGCUGGACAGCCAGGUGCACCAGGAACAUCUGGAAAGAGUCAACCCGGACCACCAGGACCACCCGGUCCUCCUGGAGGAUCCGGACAACCGGGACAGGAUGGAGGCCCUGGAGUCGGUGGAGGACCUGGACCAGCUGGAGCACCUGGCCCCGCUGGGAACCCAGGAGCACCCGGUACUGACGGUCAGCCGGGACAGCCUGGCGGACCUGGUGGGCCUGGAGGUGAUGCUCAAUACUGUCCUUGCCCUCCAAGGAACGGUUCGCCAGUGCAGUCCGACACCCCAUCCACAUCUUACAAACAAGCACCGGCUUCGGGAGGAUAUCGCAAGGCUGUUAGAAGAGUGGCACGAAACCGUGUUGUUCGACAUCCAUCUGGCAUUUCCAGAAGAAUUGUCAAGGCCUAA